AUGCCUCAGAUCACCACCCUCCUGUUCGAUUGCGACAACACCCUCGUGCUCUCCGAGGAGCUCGCUUUCGAGGCCUGCGCUGAUCUCAUCAACGAGAUCUGCAAAGACCGCAACCUGGACCUCCGCUUCACGGGCCCGACUCUGAUCCAGGAGUUUGUCGGCCAGAACUUCCGUGGCAUGCUUACGUCGCUCCAAGAGCGCUACGGCAUUGAGAUCAUCCCUGCCGACCUCGAGAAGUACGUGCGGGCCGAGGAAGAUGCCGUCAUCGCCAAGCUCAAGGCUUCGCUGCGCCCAUGCGAGGGUGUCGACGACGAACUCAAGCGCCUGAACGACACGGGCAAGUACACCAUGAGCGUCGUCUCCUCGUCGGCCCUCCGCCGUGUGCUCGCUUCGAUCGAAAAGGUCGGCCAGGACAAGUACUUCCAGGGCGAGGUUGUCUUCUCCGCUGCCUCGUCCCUGCCCAAGCCCACCAGCAAGCCCGACCCGGCCGUCUACCUGUUCGCCCUGGAGAAGCUCGGCAAGAAGGCGGAGGAGUCCGUCGCGAUUGAGGACAGCAAGAGCGGCACCCUCAGUGCCACCCGCGCGGGCAUCAAGGUUGUCGGGUACGUUGGCCCGUACGAGGAGGACAAGAAGGAAGAGAUGGUCAAGGUCCUCAAGGAUGCCGGUGCCAAGGUCAUCAUGUACCACUGGUCAGAGUUCCCGAGCAUCCUGGAGAAGAUCGAGUCCGGCGAGAUUUAG